AUGCUGACGAUGGCUGCGCUACAGACUGGACGCCUAUCGCUGCAACAAACGUCGCGUCUAGGCGCACUGACACUGCGCACGUUUGCGUCCUUGGCCGAUCCCCUCGUGCUGGUGGAGAAGAGGGACACGUACGCAGUGGUGCGCUUGAAUCGCCCUCCAGUGAACUCGCUCAAUACGGCGCUGAUUCAAGAGCUGGACACGACGAUUCAAGAGCUCGAGGCCGAUAAAAGCGUGCGCGGACUCAUCCUGGCGUCAUCAACUGCAAAGGUCUUUUCGGCGGGGCUGGACAUUAUGGAAAUGUAUCAACCACAUCCUAGCAAAGUCAGUACGUUCUGGACGUCGCUUCAAGAUCUGUACCUGCGUCUGUACACGACGCGUCUGGCUGCUGUUGCGGCGAUUGAAGGUCAUAGUCCUGCAGGAGGCUGUUUGCUCGCCAUGUGCUGUGACUACCGCAUCAUGACGAGCGGCAAGCCCAUGAUUGGUCUCAACGAGACGCAGCUGGGGAUUGUGGCCCCCUCGUGGUUUCGCGAUACAUUUGUCAACACUAUCGGACAUCGAGAGGCUGAGAAGAUGUUGGGGCUAGGAUUGCAAGUGGAUGCCACAAAAGCACAGUCGAUUGGACUCGUGGAUGAAGCUGUUGCACUCGAGGAAGUGCUUCCGCGGGCUGAGGCCGCGAUGGCCAAGUGGCUGGCCAUCCCGGACAUGGCUCGUGUGAAGACCAAGCUGCUGAUGCGUCAGGAGACGGCGAAUCGACUGCUGGCGACCCGUGAAAAGGAUCUGGAAGCUUUUACGAACUUUGUGCAAACGGACAAUGUGCAGAAGUUCCUGGCAUCGUACCUCGCGUCUUUGAAGAAAAAGUAG